GGGGAGAGAGAAAGUAAAGAUGGCGGAUGAGGAUGAAGAUCAGACGUUUGAGGAGGAGAGCGAGGAAACGGCAGGAGGAGCGGAGGGAGGACUCGGCAGGAGGAAGAGGCUCUUCGCUAAGGAGUUGCGCUGUAUGAUGUAUGGAUUCGGAGACGAUCAGAACCCGUAUACAGAGUCUGUGGAUAUUCUGGAGGAUCUGGUGAUAGAAUUCCUCACUGAAAUGACACACAAGGCCAUGUAGCGCCAGGGGAGGUUCCAGGUGGAGGACAUUGUGUUUCUGAUCCGGAAGGACCCGCAGAAGUUCGCCAGAGUGAAGGAUCUGCUCACCAUGAAUGAAGAACUGAAACGCGCUAGAAAAGCGUUCGAUGAGGCCAACUACGGUUCCUGAGCAACCAUUAUGGUGCUUUCACUCUGCAUUUGAUGCAUUGCAUGUUUGAACAGCGUGUCCCCAGUGUGGGGUAUUUUUUUUUUUUUUUAUGUAAAUAUUGUUACAAGGAAAACCUAAUAAACUUAUUUUUAAGUAAAAAAAAAAAA